CUGAGAACCCAAAAGCUAGCCAGCCUAACACCACAAGUACCAAAACAAGUCCUUAUAACACAAAAGCACAUGCUUCCUUCCCCCAACUCUCUCACUCCCAAAUGGAAGACUCACCACCUAGCUAGCUGCACAUCAAUAUAAAUAGCACCCCACUUUCACAUCUCUCUCUCUCUCGCCACAGUGAUAAACAUGAAGCUCAGCCAUUCUUCCAUCACUCAUCUAUCCUUAGUGCUCAUCAUAGUUCUGCCUUCCUUGAUCUCAUGCCAAACAUGCCAGAAAGCCUGUGGCAAUCAAUCAAUCAAAUAUCCAUUUGGCACUGGACCGGGAUGUGGCGAUCCACGUUUCCAAUCUUACAUAACUUGCAGCCAGCAACAACUUACGUUUACCACACACACUGGCUGCUACCCCAUCACCUCCAUAGACUACCACACACAAGUCAUAUACAUCACUGAUCCCUCCAUGUCAACCUGCUAUUGCACACAGCCAAGCAAAGGCUUUGGCCUCGAUUGGAACGCUCCCUUUAGUUUCCAUGACAAUACUGUGUUUGCUCUACUCGACUGCUCAACUAGUUCUUCACCAAUAUACAAAUCUGGCGGUGGAACCAACUCCACCUUCCCUUUGUGUGAUGCUCAGGGAGCACCCAUUUGCAGCCUUCUCUACUCUUGCCAAGCAAUUAGCAGACUCAACAUUCCAAUCUCUACGUGUUGUGUUUACACACCUGUAGACCUUGGUCCUUCGUUCAAAAUGGAUUUGCAGAAGUUGCAGUGCACUUCAUAUUCGGGCAUAUACAGCUUCGAUGGGCAGGAAUAUAAUCCAGAGAGUUGGCAAUAUGGAGUGGCUAUCAAGUAUAAGUUCAAUUUUGACAAUGAUUAUCCCACAACUUGUGCUAAUUGUGAGAGGAGUAAUGGAGUUUGUGGGUAUAAUGGACAGUACAAUUCAUUUGCCUGCAACUGUCCUAGUGGAUUAAACACAACAACAGAUUGUUUCUACGGGGCGUCUUGGAACAAUGGUUUCCGGCAACUCCCAUGGCAGAUAGGGACUUCUUUGAUCUGUUCUUUGGCAUGGCUUCUCAUAUUGGUCUUGGUGUAGAGUGCAAAGACCAAUAGGCCCAAUAAGAGCAGGGUAACCAUUUACAAUGCUAGAGUCUGACUUUUUUCUUGCUGGCAUUCCAGUGUGAGGGGAGUUCAUUUUUCCCUUGGGUUGCUGUAACUUGUGAAUAUUUUGGAUUUCAAAUAAUGCUGAAAAUCCACAUUGUAAAUGUUGAGUUUCC